UCGGCUCGUGUUUCUGAUGUUAGUGCAUAGAGUUUGCGUAUUCCUGCCUCCACUUUGAUUUAGUUGUCCAUUAUUCUGUUUGUCUGCUUUGAGUUUAAAGCGUUAUCGUAGCGUGUUACCGUUAUUUGUGAGUAUUUUUAAAUUUUCACCGCAAUGGCUGCAAUGCGAAGCGUAGAUAGUGUAUCAGGUGAUAACAGUGACCUUUUGGCUGCCUUGUCGUCAUCACCAUCGUUGUCGACUAUUCCGGCAUCACUUCAGCCUGUUAGGGCAUUAACUAUUACUGGUACUAAGAAACGUAAGGUCACCGCGGACUCGUAUAAGCCCAAAACCGAUGCAGUUAGCUUAGCUCGGCGUGGGUUUACCCAGGGGCAGGUUGCAUUUCAGUACGAAGGUGGGCCGGUAAUUAAAUUUGGAGGAGAAAAAUUCAUUGCAGUUUACUUGAUGAACAACCGUUUGCGAUACAUUAUUGGGGAGUUUGAUAAAAAUCAGGAGGGUCAGUGGGUUCCGAGUUUAGCGUCCAAGCAUGUCGAGUUAGAUGCGAAGCAGUUUGCCAAACUAAUGGGUUUACAACUGUGUGGACAACUGGAAAGACUGAUCAAUUAUGACGAAGGCUCUACACCCAUUACGGCAAUGCAUGACCUGGGCGGAGGUUACUUCUUUAACUGGGGAUGGCUUGACGAAGUACCCAUUGCCAACAUUCGGGUUUACCUUGAAGCAAACAGCCUGAAAGAACCGGGAACAAAGGUGGUCAUCGGCUCACCCAGUGAGAAACGACUUGCGAUGAAUGAAAAGAACUGGACGGCGUUCUGUGAACUUUUGGACAACGGAACCAUCCUUAAGCAUACGUAUGAGGUGCUGAAGGGACGAUCCGGGUACCCUACCAUGCAAGUCUGCCAAGCCGACUACCAGGAUAUUUUUGAGAAGCUACCGUGGCCUAUGAUGGAGCGCUUUUGCAAACGCCUGACGCAAGAAUGCAAGCUUUGCCACCUUAUGGAGGAUACCUUUGCUGAUCCGCUGCAACCUGGAGCUCAUGAUGGCCAUACUGCAUGCCGCUACUCGGAUCGUAUACAACUAACGGACCGUAUGCGAAGCUAUGUCUGUAAGGAUGUGGAAAAGACUCUGCUGGGGCUGUUUCUCAAGCAACUGCCGUACCGCUAUGCUGACGAAGCAGCGCACUCGCAUCAUAAUGCGGAACGCAACUUGCUGGAGGCGUACCACUUCAAGCCGGACGAAUUUCUGGUAAUGCACGGAGAUCGACUGUGUGCUGAAAUGCUGCAGCGUUUCAAGGAGCAGUUCAAACUGAACUAGUAUGAAUGUUUCUGUGUAUGUGUGUGGUGUGUGCCUGUUUGGUUUUUCAAGCAAUCAUCUUAGCUCGUUUAGGUAAUUUUAAUCGCUAUAUCAUCAGUUUCAGUAUAUUCGUAAUCAUUUAUUACUGAUGUUAUUUGUAAAUAUUUUUGAUUCGCGUUGG